UAAUUAUGAGAAUUGACUUUCACUUUGUGUGUAUCAUUGGAUUCAUGGAGUGAGGACCAAACUGUUUGAACGUCGGAUCGUUACAGUUAUAGGGAUUAACUUUAAAGGACCAGUUAUCUUUAAAUGCGAUGUACUGUGACAUUAUAAAGUUGUAAAUAGGUAGAUAUAAUUCUAAUCUAAAGAUGUAAACACAUUUGAUGAUACAUAUGUGAGGAUUUUAGUUUAUUUUGACAGCCCGUGCCAGGUCGGACUAACUAUUCCUCUUUUAUAUGCAAUCUAGCUCGGCCACGACUUCAUCAUUUUCAAGCGAUUUACUCGCUGCGCGUUUUUGGUUUGUGAUUGUACAUUAAUGCCAUGUAUGUUGCAUCAGUAAUAUGUAGGUAUGGUCGUCGGUAUUGGUGUAAGUGUGUCGGUCCGACUUUUAGGCACCCCCAUAAAGAUGUUGUUAUCCUCACUUGAUACUCCAACUUCUAAUGGCUCUCAAAGAAGCAGCUUAGCCUGGUUUACCAAUUACCAGUAGUAAUUGGUGAAGUGGGGCUUUCCUUUAAAAUCGGAAUCCCUUGGAACCGUUUCAUCGUGGACAUUUUAUAUUUUUGGUCCACCGUUUCACGAACUCAUUUUACGCUCCUUUGAUAUCAUACGAAUAUGGUUAAGUUGGUGGAGUUAGAAGUACGUAUGUAAUGGAGGACGCGGGCAGCGAUGACUCCAAUGAAAACAUUGCUAGCUGCAAAGCCAUGUCGGCUAAGAAAAGGCGACUUUCUUCAUCAUCAUCAUCCAACGAUGACACUCAUAAAACACCCAAAAAGACUGAUUCGUGCAGUCAUUCUGCUGGCCAGGAUGCCUCUUCUCGGAGCUCUGGUAGAAUAAGGCAACGGCAGACUAGACAGUUUGUGAUGCCCUCCAGACACGAAAUCUGGGAUGCCAUUCCAACAACCAAGACCCCCGAGAAGAGUCAUAUUGACUUGAAGCCUAGAAGACUAGUCAACAAUUUUACACGAGUCACCCACCGCUACAACCACGACCCCGUCUACACAAGUGAUGAGGGCUCAUCUUUAGAUGGCUUCCUGGCGAUGGACGACGACAGUAGCAGUGACAGUAGUGACUCAGACUUCUGUGACGACACACCACUGGAGCCCGAUCAUCGCAAGAAGAAGACAAAGCACCGUGUGAAAAACCGAAGACUUAUUCAGCCAUCAUCUGGGUCCGACACUGAUUCAAAGUUACCGGAAGAACGUGACAACGAGGACAAAGAUGUCCGAAAAUUGCUUCGUCAAAAACUACUUAAGAAGACUAACAGCGUUGACGGAACCGUUGAUGGCGACACUGGGGUUACAGAGGUUGGAACCGAAGCCGUUGUAGUUGGCCUAAAAACAGGGGUGAAGAAGUCAAGUAAGGUCAUAGCAAGUAGUUCUGAUGAGGACAAAUCAUCGAAUAGGGAGGGUACGUCUAGAAGAUCAUCCUUACGCAGAAAGAAAUCAAGGAAUGAUUAUAGCAUCCGUGAUUCGAAUAAAGGGGAUAAUGAUAAUGAUGCUAAUCAAGCUGUGAGAAAGCAAAAUAAGGAUGGUCGUCGUGUUCCUGCAAUUCCAUCUUCACAUGAUCCAAACACUAAUAGCACUGCUACAGACGACGACGAAGAUGGGAGUAGGAAUGACACUUCCGAUAGAGCACUAGAAGAUGAUAGCGAAGAUAGUGUACCAAGAACAAUGAGGAAGAAACGGAAAUCCCUUCUGGAUAGUGGUAGUGACAAUGAGAGUGGUAGUAACAAUGGUUGUGGUAGCGACAGAUCCAAAGCAAGGCGAGACAGAGCUGUCGGUCAGAAGGAUAGACGUAACAGUUUGUUUAAGGACUUCAAACAAGCCCGAUCCAAAUAUGAUAAAAAACCCAAACAUGACAGAUAGUCAAGUCACUUGCCUACAAGUGGUAACCGACAGGUCACUUGGUAUUUCUAAGCAAAUAUACCGGCUGGAAUUAUAAUUUUGGUGGACUGUCUAUUUCUGUCCCGUCUGAGGUUGACGGUUAUCACCCCAAGCCUCUCAGAAAGGAAAAUAGUCCGGCAUAUCAUUUCAGCGUUUUAUUUUGAUAUUUUGUUAUGUUUUGCUUUUACAAAUAAAAGAUAAAAAGAUAAAAAA